CUCAUAGGUGUGCACCAAAUUUCAAGACUCGGCUCUUUCCCCAAGGUGACAACCACAGACAUGUCUUCUUUUUCAAGCCCCUACGUGGAAGCCCUUCGGUCCUUCUAUAACGCGAUCGGCAAAAGGUACAACGGCUUAACGGGUUCAUUACACAGCGAAAGUGCACAAAGACUUGUCACCGCGGCAGGCUCAACGAUCAAAGCGGGCAGCUGGGUUCUCGAUUUAGCCACGGGCACAGGCAACGUGGCCUUCGCCGCAGCAAGCAGGGUGGGCCGAACCGGACGUGUUCUGGGCAUCGACAUUUCAGACGAUUUCCUGGAGCUUGCGUCUCAGGAAGCAAAAAGACUUGGGGUUGGAGAGUUCGUCGAUUUUCUCCAGCAGAAUGUUAGCGAUCUCUCACUUCCGGAACCAUAUGCCGGUAGGCGGUGUUUUGAUGUGGUAACUUGCGGGAGUGCCAUCGCCAUGAUUCCAUCUCCGGAGAUGGUAUUGGCUAUGGCUGCAACGGAACUGUUGAAACCAGGUGGAAUAUUUGUUGCGGACAUGCAUGGGACGCAUGUGCCUGCGAAGAUAUUUCUUGAUGUUGCAGUACCGCUAGGAUUCGAGUCCCCGAUCGAUCCAGUGUGGCUUAGCGAUCCACAGGCAGGUUUUCAUAAGAUCUUCAAAGAUUCGAUAUUCGAGCUGAAGGCUCUCACGGCGAGCAAUGUGUCUUUAGAGGCCAAGUGGGAUGCAAGCACGGCAGAAGCGACAGAGAAGCUUUGGGAAAGUAUUAUCGUUGACUCGACAUGGAUUUCCUUUGGCGUGGACAAGCUUGAUUCGAAGGUCAUUGCAGAAAUCAAGCAAGCUUGGGCUAAGAAACUCAGCGAUUACAAGGGUCCAGAUGGGGUUAUCGUUGCUGAGAUGAAGCAAUAUCUUGCUGUAGCCAUUUCCAAAAGCGAAUAAGCGGCCUACCCCAGAGGAUGUGACGAAAGACACUCAAUUCGUAGGUGGACGCUUAGGACAAACUAGGGGACUGAAAGAGGGAAAAUUCUUUCCUAGAGAUGUGUUCUGUGGUUAUUACUCU